AUGGAGCACACUUUUAUGACAAUUCACAACCUCACCCCCGACUGCAACAUUCUCUUUGCCUCAGACUCCAUCAGCGACAUACUCGGGUGGCGACCGGAGGAGGUACGCGGAAGAUCAGUCUUCAGCUACUUCCAUCCUGACGAGGUCCCGUUUGCGAGAUCAAUUCACAGCCGGGGCAUCCUGCUCGACAAAGCCGCCAGUCUUCACUAUGCUAGGCUGGUGACUAGGGACGGCCAGUGGGCCAGCUGUGAAUGCUGCUUCACAGUCGUACACGAUGUUCUGGUAGCAUGCACCAGCAUAUACCGUCGAGAUCAAAAGAGCGAGAGGCGAGCGAUCGAGGGUGCUCAGAUUCGGAGGAUCUUUUCUUCGUCCCCAAGAGACCCUAGGUACCACAUGUUGGAGCACCUCUCUCCUAAGUUCAAGAUGCCCCCCGUGGAGCGUGAGCCACGAGCUGCACUCAUCCUCAACCGGUUCACCCGAAAUUUGUCAGUCAUGUUUGCCACCAAUGCCGUGGCCUCUGUCCUCGGGCUGGCCCCCGAUCAGGUCAAGGAUAAGAGCUUCUACCGAUGCAUCCAGGAGAGGUGCCUGCCGGACGCAGUGAAAUGUCUUGAAGGUGCGAAGGCCAAUGACUCCAUCGCCUAUCUUCGCUUCUGGUCCCGUGACCCCAGAGAAGCAGAAGACUUUGAGAACGGUGAGGAUGGCGGAGUUGAUGGAGUUGACGGAGAAGACCACCCGAUGGGCGGCGACGACCGACAUAGCAGCACCAGUGACUCGGACGGUGGCGGUGCUGAGUUGGACAGUCGCAUGGCACUAGACGAGGAUGACACCACCGUGCGCGGAGGCAUCAAGCAGGAGGAAGAAGACGAGCCUAUGGAGUCUGUGCCGUCAGCAAGCAGCAGUUCGGCGCAUGAACAGGCUGGGAAUUCUGCCUCGGGCUCGCGAACUGCCAACUUCAACCGAGCCUCACGCAACCAGCGAGCUUUGGCCCGCAAUGCAGCCCGGGGUCGGCAUCCAGGACAAAGACAGUCUCGAGAACGGGACCAUCCUCAGUCGUUGCCGGCAGUUGAGCUUGAAGCUGUCGUCUCCUGUACCUCCGACGGCCUCGUCGUGGUGCUGAGGAGGGCCCGGCCGGCCAUCCCGCCCGCCCAUCCGCCACUGUCCCUACCGUGGGACUUCGAAAAUGGGCUUUUCGCUGCGCCAUGGGCGCCCCAGCCUGUGCGCCCUUACAUACCACCAGAGAUGCUGUACACCUUCCGCCCACCUUUGAUGCCACAGUACAUGCCCGUCCAGGACCACGUCAGGGAUGCAGGAGGCCCACCCAACGACCAAUUGAUGCACUCCAUACGUGAAGUUGGUGUAUUUGCCUGGGGUCUCUGUGGGAUCAAUGGCAACCUCCACGCCUUCUCUCACGGGAUGCCCAGGGACGAGGCGGUGCCCCCCGACGGGCUACCCGUAUGGGACCCCUCCGCGACCGGGUCCCCCUACCAGCCGCCAGAAAACCAAGCUGCCGCUAAGUGGGCGGCCAUGGUGGCCCAGCAGAGCCCGUUCGGGUCGUCAACUAGCUCGGGCACAAACCGACAGCGCCAGCAGCAGAUGCAGGCGCAAAACGCGAUGUACGGCAGCUUCGCGUCGGGGUCAGGGGGCAGCGAGCCGCAGUCGAGGUCCUCUGACCAGCAGGCGAACUCUUCUGGGCCAUCAGCUGGUUCUGGGCAAUCGGCUGGCCAGGCCACGCAGGGUUCCAGCCAGGAGCACUCACCCCACGACCUCUCUUAG